AUGCUUUGUGGACGUUUAACUGUUCCGGGUCAUUCGUUAACAGCUUUGGAAUCAAUAUUCGGCUGGGUCAAUAUCGGCAAGACUAAAUGUGUACCACAAACAAUUAUAUCUAAUCAUGCUAGUUGUACCAAUGCUCAGUUCCAGCUUGAAAAUUUUUGGAAAUUAGAAGAAAUUUCAGAAAUAAAGCCUUACACAGAGGAAGAAAUUGAGUGUGAAAAUCAUUUCAAGCAGAAUUUCUCUCGUGACUCAACGGGUAGAUUUGUUGUUAAGUUUCCAUUUCAUAGAUCUAGCAAUGAACUUCAGUCAUCUAGGGAUGCUGCUGUACAUUGUUUACAAAGCACUGAACGGCAAUUUAUUAAGAAUAAAUCUCUUUCCAGUCAAUAUCACAAAUUUAUGGAGGACUAUCAACAACUUGGUCAUAUGGAAUUGAUUCCAGAAAAUGAAAUUGAUGUUCCAGCUAAUUCUAGUUUUUACCUUCCGUACCAUUCAGUUCCGGAUAAAAAUGGUGAUAAAUUUCGAGUGGUAUUUGAUGGUUCUGCAAAAUCUUCUAGCGGUAAUUCUCUUAAUGAGAAAUUGAUGGUUGGUCCGCAGUUACAGACUGAUCUGACAGCAUUAAUCAUUCGUUUCAGAAUUCACAGAACUGCGGACAUAGAGAAAGUGUACAGACAAAUUAUACUAUAA